AUGGAUAACAAUGAAUCGGGCAGUGAUGCGCCGGUGUGCGCGGGCUGCGGCGCACUGAUCUCAGAUCGGUUUUACCUGCUCGCGGCUGACAGGCGCUGGCACGAGCGCUGUUUGAAAUGCAGCGCGUGUCAAACUGACCUGGAGUCAGAGCUCACCUGCUUCAGCAAACACGGAGACAUUUACUGUAAGGAGGACUAUUAUAGGAGGUUUUCCUUGCAGAGAUGUGCGCGGUGCCACCUGGGAAUCUCUGCCACUGAGAUAGUGAUGCGCGCCAGGGAUCUGGUCUACCACCUGAGCUGCUUCUCCUGUGCCACCUGCCAUAAAGUGCUGCUCACCGGAGAUCACUAUGGGAUGAAGGAGACGUCUGUGUACUGUCGGGCACACUUCCAGAGGGAAUGUCAUGCAGAUUUGUAUUAUUCAGACGUUUCUAGAGAGACAAAAUCUGAGAGUAACACAUUUGAUGAAGAGAGCCCUGUGCACAGAGGACGAACCCGGAGGAGGAAAAAUAACAGCACAGCUGAUCAUAUUGCAUAUCAUUCAGAUAUGAGUGAUUUGGGUGUGGAUCUGUCGGAGAGAGUGAGCUGUCAAAAGUCCAAACGCAUGAGAAUGUCGUUCAAGCAUCACCAGCUGAGGAGCAUGCAGUCCUUCUUCACCCACAACCACAAUCCAGAUGCCAAAGACCUAAAAGAGCUCGCCCAGAAAACCGGCCUGACCAAACGUGUGCUCCAGGUUUGGUUCCAGAAUGCCCGUGCAAAAUUCAGAAGAAACUGUCUAUAUCAGGAGAGCAUUGGAGUGGACAACGUUUCAGACACUUCCACCCUCACGUCUCCAUCUGUGCCUUCACCUGAGCUGUGCCACGGAUCCAUGAGCCCGUCCAGCCCCAGCGGGACCUCGCCAUCCCAACACACACCAUCAGCCGCUCACAACACACACUCUCCAGUCUUCUCUGGGUUUCUCCUAAAAACAGCCUUUGAUUAUUAG